GAAUGAGGCUCACGUGGCUUGAGGAGACGCAGGAGGAGUUCAGGGACCUUGAUCUCACGCAGCUGAACGUGGAUCAGGCGCUGGUCAAUAUUACGUCCAAAUUUCCCGUCCCUCUUUGGUCAUACACUGCUUCUGCUGAGUGCCAUCGGUGCCACUUCGCCAGGAAUCAGGAGAUCUUCCGCAACGACGAACUCCUGCUGGAGGUGGACACGAAGUUCCACCUGCUAUGGCGAUUUUAUAAGCGCAACCUGGGCAGAUACACGGAUAGCACCAACGCCAGUGACUUUAUCUGCCAAGUGUCACCGGACGUGGGGGAAUUCGGCGUGUAUGACAUUGUGAUCGACUCCGCGGGCAACUGCAACGUCCAUACGGCGCAUGAGCCCGUCAACAUCUACUGGCCUCUGCUGCUCUACAUGUUCAUCAUCAUCAACCUGCUGGUGAUCUUCAUGGGCGCACGCUGGGGUUACAAGAGAUUCUGCACGAAACGACCACCACCCCGUCCAGCCAGCAGCAGUUGCUCAACGGAAGCGAGGGGAAAGCGCCAUCGGCAUCGAUUGCGGAGUCUCGACACUUUUCGAGGGAUUAUCACUGUGGUAAUGAUAUUCGUAAAUAAUGGUGGGGGAUCCUAUUGGUUUAUGGAACACUCUAUCUGGAAUGGAUUAUUAGUGCCUGAUCUGAUCUUCCCGUCCUUCCUAUGGAUCAUGGGCGUGUCUAUUGCUCUUUCUGUGAACAGUCUCAUCACUCAGAAAGUAUCCAAAGCGAAUAUCUUGCUGCAGAUCCUCAAGAGAUCCAUGAUUAUGUUCUUUCUGGGAUUAUUUCUGAAUACAAUUUAUGGCGCUCAGUUCAAGACUUUAAGGAUUAUGGGGAUUCUGCAGCGUCUCGGAAUCUGCUAUUUGAUCGUGGCUUCACUGCACACAAUCUUCCGUCGAUCAGAUAUCGUUACUCCACCGAAUCCCCUGCGAGGACCAUAUCAGGAUAUGUUACUUCUGCUGCCGGAGUGGUGCAUUAUGCUAACUCUGGUCAUUCUCUAUCUAGCCGUAUCGUUCUUCUUGCCCGUGCCUGGCUGUGGAAGUGGUUAUCUCGGUCCUGGAGGUCGGCAUGAUUAUGGAAAGUUCCGUGAUUGUCCAGGAGGAGCAACAGGAUAUAUUGAUAAAUUGAUUCUCGGUGAAAAUCACAUCUCUGAGUACGCCUCCACAACAGCUGUAUACGAAUCUAAGCCCAUAGAUUCUGAGAAUCUCUUCGGAACAGUGCUGAGUGUCGUGCACGCCUUCCUGGGUGUACAGUGUGGCAUGACUCUGCUAGUGUACAACCACUGGAGGGCAAAGGUACAAAGAUGGAUGCUCUGGGGAGUUACGGCGGGCUUACUUGGAGGUCUCCUCUGUGGCUUCUCCCGAGACGAAGGCUGGAUUCCCAUCAAUCAAGUCAUGUGGUCCCUCUCGUACGUCCUCGUGACCACAUCAUUCGCCUACCUGACCUUCUCUCUUCUCUACGUCCUCGUUGACGUGCCCGUAGUGGCUAAACGGCUGGGCUGGGGCGGAGGUCCUUUCUAUUUUGUUGGCAUGAACACGAUUCUCAUCUUCAUUGGCGAUGAAAUAUGCCACAGUAUGUUACCAUUUCACUGGCGACUCGGCCGGAUGAACACGCACUUUAUGCUCCUAUUGGAGAAUGGAUGGACAACCUUCAUCUGGAUUCUCAUAGCCCUGAUCCUCUACCGCAAGAAGUGGUUCUUUAUCGUCUGACCAAAGCGUAUUAUUUUUGUUCUCAAAUUUUUAUAAAUAAAAUAGUUUUAUUGCAAAUUCUA